AUGUCCACCUCUCCAGCCGUCACCUCUCCAAAGCCUGCUCUCAGCACAUCCAACAAUCUCCUCAUCUGCACGGCCUGCGGAGCCCAAUAUGACGUGGAAGAAAAGAACGCAGCCACUUUGUCCGAAUGUCGAAUUUGCGAGGACCCACGACAAUUCAUCCCAGAAACAGGCCAGUCAUUUACCACGCUCGCGAAUCUGAGGGCGUCGGACAACAAGUACAGAAAUGUCUUUGAGCCGUGUGCUAGUGGGCAGAAUGAGAAUGUGCUUGAGGUGUGGACGGAACCGAAGUUCGGCAUUGGACAACGAGCAUGUCUGAUUCAGACACCACACGGCAAUGUUCUGUGGGAUCUGGUUGCUUUUUUGGACCAGGAGACGGUGGAUAAGAUCACCGUACUAGGCGGGUUGAAGUGUAUCAUCAUAUCUCAUCCACAUUUCUACACAACAUGGGCAGAUUGGUCUGCAACGUUCCAUUGUCCAAUUUACAUGACCGAGGUCGACUCUGUCUGGGCGAAUCGUAAAGACGGAACCAAAACCUCGACAUUGAAACUGUUGACCCAGCCCACCACCGAACUCCUUCCGGGCCUCACGGCCGUUAUUUGCGGCGGCCACUUCCCGGGCAGUAUGGUGCUGCAUUCCGCUCCGCCCAACACUUCAUUGCCAACGCUAUUUGUGGCAGACACCAUUUUUGCGGUGGCCUCAGCGAAGAAUCCGAACCCCGGGAAGAGAAGGGAUACGAUUUCGUAUCAAUUCCUCUGGAGUAUUCCCAACAUGAUCCCUCUGCCGCCGGACACGGUCCUACAGAUCUGGAAGGCUUUGAAGCCAUUCGAUUUCAAGGCGACGUAUGGAGUAAUGGCCAAGAUCAGUAACGUCUUCGAGAAGCCUGGCCAGACCCUUAGCCUGAAGGAAAGAGUUCUUCAAAGUGCAAAGAUUGCCGUCAAGGCCAUGGGAUAUUCCGAGCAUAGCAUCUUCGCUGAACAGUUGUGA